ACAAAUCAUUUCUUUGAAUUAAACAAUUCUUUUAAUUCUUUUUUUCAAAUAAUCAUUAUUUUUUUUUUAAUAUUUAAAUAUUUAUUUAAAAUAAUGUCUGAAUAUUCUGAAAUUUUUCAACCUUUUGUUGAUUUAUUCACUCAAUCACAGAUACAUACUAUUCUUUUAGCAUGGCUUCCAAUAAAAUUUAGUCCUUAUAUGACCGGAAUAAUGGCAGUUGAUAUGUUUAUAACAAGUGCCAUUGCAUCCGGAAUUUCUGCUUUUGUUCUCGCAUUACAUAAAUUUAUUACAACCUUUACUUUUGGUAAUCCUUUUAAAAAGGAUGGUAGUGUCACGGUUCAAGUUGAAUAUUAUACUGAAGGAACUUAUGGUGAUUUGUAUGCUAGUAUAUUUUAUGAAGCCUUAUCUUGGUUAAUUUCUCAACAAACAAAACAUUUAGAAAAAGGUUCUUUUAUUAUACAACAUGCAACUUCAAGUCAUAAUGAUGAUGAUGAUGAUGAUUGUGCUCCUCCAAAAUUUAAUAUACUUCCAGAAAAAGAUCAACAAAUUACGAUUGAAUAUAAGGAAAAAAAAUUUGAAGUUUCAUUUAAUAUGCCCGCCGAUCAAGAAAAGAAAGAUGAAAAUAAUAAUAAUAGAAGUUAUAGCAGAAAUAAACCAAAACCUUCAAUUUUUAUAACAAUUGUUGAAGAGUCAGCUACAAAUGUUGAAGCUAUGAACGAUUUUUUAAAUGAAGUUACAAGAUCUUAUUUGGAAAGUCAGAAAAAAGAUAAAGUUCGUUCAAGGUAUGAACGUAAUGGUUCUUAUUGGUAUCACGUGCAAUCAUUAUCUUCAAUUAGAGGUUUAGACACCGUAGCAUUAGAUGAAACUUAUGAAAAAUUAUUGAAAAAAGAAUUAGAAACAUUCGUAAAUGAUAAAGAAUUUUAUCAAAGAAUUGGAAUGCCUUAUCGACGUGGUAUUUUAUUAUAUGGAAAACCUGGAACGGGAAAAACUAGUUUAAUAAAUGCAAUUUCAUCACAAUUAGCUCGUGAUAUUUAUUAUUUAAAUCUUAAAACCAUUUCGGAUGAUAAUGAAUUAAGUGCCGCAUUUAGUUCGGUUCCUGCUAAUCAAAUUAUUGUGCUUGAAGAUGUUGAUACUCAAUCAAAAGUUCUUCAUAAAAGAACAAGAAAAGAUUAUUCAUUAAUAACUGCCAUAGAGUCUACUGGUAACAAAGAAGAAAUUGGUCCAAGUGUGCCAUCAGGUUUUUCAAAAUUUAGUUUAUCAACUUUCUUAGGAUGUUUAGAUGGUAAUAUUUUAUCCGAAGGAAUUAUCAUUAUAAUGACAACAAAUCACGUUGAACAUCUUGAUCCUGCUUGUGUUCGUCCUGGUCGUAUGGAUGUACAUCUUGAUCUUGGUUAUUGUACUCAUUAUCAAAUUAGAAAAAUGUAUAAAAGUGUUGCUGAAAAUCCCGAAGCUGAAUUCCCUAAAGAGAUUCUUGAAAAAAUUCCUGAAGGAUUAUUACCUCCUUGUGAAGUUAUGAUGACUAUGGUCUUGUAUCGUAAUGAAAUUGAACUUAUUCCAGAAAAAAUUUAUGAAUUAGUUGCAAAAUACAAAAAUAUGAAACCUGAAGAUAUUGCAAAACAAAUGGAAGAAGAAGCCAAACGUCUUAGUGAAAUACCCGAAUCGGAAGAGAAGAAGGAAGAAGCUAAAAAUGAAAAUAAAGAGGAAGUUAAAGAUGAAAAUAAAGAGGAAAUCAAAGAAGAAAACAAAGAAGUUAAAGAAGAAGUCAAAGACGAAAACAAGAAGAAAGAAGAAAUUAAGGAUGAAAACAAAGACGAAAACAAAAUAGAAGCUAAUAAAGAGGAAAAGAAAGAAGAAGAAAUAAUAAAGAAGGAAGAAGAAAUUAAGAAAGAGGAAGAAAUAAUAAAGAAAGAAGAAAUUAAGAAAGAGAAAACAAUAAAAUCUGAAGAAAAUAAGAAUGAAGUAACAAGUGAAGAAGAUAGUGAUAGCACAGAUGUAGAAGUCGAAAAUGAUAAGAUAAAAAGCCUUAAAGUUGUAGAAACAUUAAAAAAUACACCACAAGUUUCAACAAUAACUAUUUAAUUAACUAUAAUAGAAUUUAAAAAAAACUUUAUCGAAUUUUUAUUUAACAUCUUAGCCAUUUUUAUCCAUGUAUAUUUUUAUAUGCCUUUUUUUUUUCAUCUGUAAUAAAAUGCAUUGAAAUAUUUAUUGUAUAAUGAAACUAAUAAUAAAAUGAUAUUAGUACAAUAUAAAAAUAACCUUUCU